AUGAGUAAUCACAACGCCAUGUAUCGUCCGAUCUAUGUUCAACGUACCGCUGAUUUAGCGCUGCCUCACAUGCGUCAAAUUGUAAAAAAUACAUUUGGACUUCCAAUAACAAUUGAAUUAUUGGAAAAGCUUCAAUUACCACCCAGUAAUAGCAGUAAUAAUGCCAACAAUACGAUAGGUAUGGCACAAGUGACAAAUGCAAAUAUUAUUAGUCAACACCAGCAGCAGCAACAACAACAAUCAACACAGUUUAUUCAACAGCCAUUAUACACAACUGUCCAACCCCAACAAAAGAUCAAUAUUUUGCAACAAACUCCUCAGCAAACCCUGAUUGGUUCAACAGCAUCUUUGCUUAGUCAACAACAGCAGCAGCAGCAACAAGCGCGAGCACAAAUUAGCAUCACUGGUUUUCGUCCAUUGGUUACAUCGUUGUCCCCAUCCGGAAAUACAAAUCUUCUUAGCGGGCAACAGCAAUCACAACAAGUUCAGCCAGUGACACAGAUGAUCAUUCAACCAUCUGAUUCCUUAUUACAACGAUCGAUUCUCUCAACAACUACAGCUACGUUGCAACAACCGCAAAUCAUUGCUGUGAACCAUCAGCCGAUUAAAACAGAAACAAUACAAACUCCACCGCCUUCCCUUAUAUCUGCUAUUCAACAAAAACCAAUAACUAAAACUGAAGACGAACCAUUAGAUGAUGGUAAUAACCAAGCAAUGAUAAGCACGCGUCAUUUACAACACGAUGACCGACUAAUACCGUCUCUUAUUUUACAUCGACGUUUAAAAGAUUUAGUCGACAAAGAUAAACGAUUUACGGGAAUGACGAUGGCAAAUGAUGCUGCUUUUCUUCUAAUAUCCAAUGCUGCUCAAGAAAGAUUGAAAUAUUUGUUAGAACAAGUGAAACUAGUCGCACAACAUCGAAUUGAUAUGUCUAUGAAGAAUGAUUCUGCGUAUCAACAAACAAGUGAUGUAAAAGGACAGAUGCGAUUUCUCGAAGACAUAGAUAAAAUAGAAAAGCAGAAAAAGGACAAGAUUGAACAAGAAAAGAUCUUUCGUGCAGCCAAAAGUCGUUCCAAAACCAACGAUCCUGAAGCAGCUAAGCUAAAACAAAAAGCAAAAGAAAUGCAACAAGCUCAAGUCGAAGAGCAACGGCAAAAGGAAGCCAACGAAACCGCUCUGGCAGCUAUCGGUAAACCGAAAAAGCGUAAACUUGAAGAAAGUACAAAUCAUCACCAUCCGAAUGCGAUGUCUACGAAUGGGCCUGAACAAAUAUCUCCUAUUCAACCAUCGCCCUCGUCAAAUGUAACGAUGUCAACAAAUGUAAAUAGUAAAUCAAAAACAACCAAGCGCAUUUGUCGAGCAAAUCUUCGUGAUUUAUUACUAAUAAUGGAAAGAGAUAAAUAUCUUAAACGCACAACUCUUCUCGUCAAAGCUCUUAAUAAAUAA